GUAUCUCAUCAUGGUGCUCCUGUGUGGCACUCCUCUGCUCUUCAUGGAGUUUUCUAUUGGACAGUACACUCGUUUAGGACCAGUGCAUGCGCUCACCAAAAUAUGUCCCUUGUUAAAAGGUGAGUGACUCUCCAGGCCAAAGGCUCAUCUGUGACGAGGAUGACCAUCGGAUGAAUUUUCCUAAAAUUUCACAUAGUCAGUAGACGGACAAUGUUUAUUUGUAUUUGUUUUCUCUUUUUGCUAUUGAAGUAUGUUUACAAAGUCUGGCACAUGACCAGCAGCAUGUAUCGGGCACAAUCGAUCAGAAAUGCAUACUUGUUAACUACAUUUUAGAGUGGUAACUCGUUUUUACCAUAAACAUGUUACUACAAUCCAUUUACGUCCAACAAAUGAAAUCCCAAAAAAGUUAAUUAUUAACCAACAGUCCCAGAAUACCAUAUAGUAUGUAAACAGAGAACUGUACUGAUCAGGCAUGUUUUGAAUGGGCAAUACACUAGUACUUCUGAUUUACAGUACACAUAGUACGCACAUUUUUUCAAGUAAAAUUGUAUUUCUCUUCUGUUAUCCUCGGCCUGUUUUUGGUCCUGAUUGUGUUUGUUUGUUGUGUCUUGUUAAGCAAUGUGUCAAGAAGCAAGUGCUUUGUAAACAUUAUUUAACUGUGAAAUCAGGAAUAAUAUAGGACUCUUAUGAACUCUUUUCAUAAUUUUCUAAUCUCUACACUUGAUUAAGUUAAAGACGAAAUACAAGUGUUUUCCAUCUUCUUUUUUUAAAUGAAUGUCCUUUUCUAUCUAAUGAAUGGAUUAUUUUCACAUGUUGAUGGAAGGGAUCUUGUCAAGUGAACAUUGCAAUCACUGCUGUAAUCACAGUUUUUUUUUUUGUCUUGAAUCUUUAUCUUAACAUUUUAAUCAUAUAUCCUCUGGAAUUGCAAAAUUGUAAAUCAAACAUGAUGAAUUAAGUUUAAUGUGUUGACCCAGAAAGCACUGGCAGAUUCCACAAGAGCCCAGUCAUCAACAAUCAAUACUUAUGGGUGUAAAUUGAAAAUGUUCUUUGUCUUGUUCUAACUUAACAUUUUUCUCCAUAGUUUUCUUAUCUCCUUAAAGACAGAGAUUAUCUACACGGUCAAAACGUAUGGGUCCUUCCCUUGAUUUAUCACUCAUUUCUCCCUGGUUAUUGCUCUGUGCUAAGCAAGGGCCAAAAGCAGGUGUUGGUGUGGCCACAGUUGUUAUCUCCUUUGUGUUCUCCACGUACUACAAUGUGCUCAUGAGCUGGACACUUUACUAUUUCUUCAACUCGUUCGGCGCGACCCUCCCCUGGACAUCCUGCAACAACACCUGGAAUGCUGUCGGAAACUGUUCCAGUGGUUUUCCCAGCAACAGCACCCACCUGCAGUCGGCCAGCCAACAGUUCUUUGAUCACAAGCUACUGCAGAAAACCAGUGGCAUUGAAGAAGCUGGUGGCAUUCGCUGGGAACUUUUUGGCUAUCUAAUCUUGUCCUGGGUCAUCGUGUAUUUAUGCAUAUUUAAAGGAGUCAAAUCCACUGGCAAGGUUGUGUAUUUCACUGCGAUAUUCCCAUACUUCAUCCUGUUUGCCCUGCUUAUCAACAAUGUGCAGCUUCCUGGAGCAAAGAACGGUAUUCUCUACUUUGUGACACCUGUCUGGAGCAAAUUGUUUGAAGUGAAGGUCUGGGUUAAUGCCGCUGCCCAGGUGUUUAACUCCAUCGGAAUAGCAUUUGGCUCCAUGAUUUCGAUGGCUAGUUACAACAAGUUCAACAACAACAUUCUCCGGGACGCUUUAAUUGUCUCGUUUACCAACUCGUUCACUAGUAUCCUGGCUGGCUUUGUGAUCUUCUCAGCUAUUGGCUACAUGGCUCAUAUACACAACCUCCCAGUGGAAAACAUAGCGACAGAUGGUCCUGGUUUGGUGUUUGUUGUGUACCCUGAAGUCCUCUCCACCAUGCCUUUCUUUCAGCUGUGGGCCCCUCUGUUCUUCUUUAUGCUGCUGUGUCUGGGCCUGGACAGCCAGUUUGCCACAGUUGAAGUGGCUAUAACGUUCAUAAAAGAUGAGUUUGGCCCCCAAGUUCUGCAUUUCCUAAAGAGGGAGGAGCUGCUGACCCUGGUUAUGUGCAUCGUUGGCUUUAUCCUGGGGAUUCCUCAUGUCACCAAGGGAGGCAUAUUUGUGUUUCAGUUGAUGGACCACCACACCGCUGUGGUAUCACUUGUGUUCCUGGCUUUCUUUGAAGUUGUCGCUGUGUGCUGGAUCUUUGGAGUCCCAAGAGUCUGCUUAAUGGUCGAGAGGAUGCAAGGAAAAACUCCAAACAUCUACUUUCGUGUGUGUUGGCAGCUGAUCUGUCCACUAUUGGUGCUGUCUAUACUGAUCUCCAGUAUCGUCUACUACACUCCUGCUCACUAUGGGAAGUAUACAUACCCUGCAUGGGCUGAAGGGGUGGGCUGGGCCGUCUCACUGGUCUCCAUAGUGUGGAUCCCCCUCGGAGCUAUUCACGAGGUCUCUAGCCACAAAGGCUCACUUCUACAGCGAAUUAAAACGGCUAUGAUUUCCACAAUCGACCUGGAUGCUGAUGAUCCUUUGCCGGAAAAACAAAACUUGGAAAACCCGGCAUCGGAAACCUUGUUUACUUCAGGAGUAUGACGAACCAAUGUUCUGCAUCUCUGCAUACCCAAUCCUCUAAAAAGGUUUUUAAUCAAAGGUAAUAUUUAAUGAUGGCAUAAAACAUAAUUACACUGAGAUACACAAUCUUUAAAACUAUAAUUGUAUCCUAUUUGUUCUACCAAAGGACAGCUUCUUUACUGUAUUGUAUCUGUUACUUUAAUAAGCUUCAGUUGACUUCUAUAGCAUAAAAAACUAUUUUAUACCUUGUACAAAGUAUAUAAUGAAAAUCAAAACUUUUGUCCUUAAAAUAAAAAGUUAAUUUAAUUUUAAUUCAUAUAAUUUAAACACCCUGUGGUGUUAAUUCUAACCAAAGAUUGUAUUUUAAAUUAUUAUUAUUAUUCCCCCUUUAGUCACUAAAGAAAUGUAAGCCUGGUGUAUGCAGUGCUGUUUCCUAUUGCAAUGUGUGAAUAAGAGUGUAUUAUGUAUCUGGUCAUAAAAGGCUAUAAUUUAUCCGUAGACCGAAUCCUUGCAGGCCUCUUAUCUUUAUGAAUUAAGUCACAAAGGGGCUGAAGAACCCUCUGGAACGUCUUAUGAAUGCAGCCUUUGGCCUUGAUGUUUGUUUCCACAACCAUAACUAUCUUUGUGGCCUUCAAACCCGUCGUUUGUUGUAGCGUUCGGGCAAUCCUCUUCUAUUUUUAAAGUGAGUAUUUACUAGGUUUUAAUGGUCAGCACCUGCAACAGCCCAAUACAAAACAAAUAGCAGAAGGUUAACAUAACCUCUCCACUGUUGGUACUUGAUGGCAGCCUCAUGUGGUGUUAAUUCCAAGAGAUAACAGAAUAUAUGUGCAUACAUUUUAUAUUGGUUACCUUUUAACACUGUUGUAUCUUUUCUAGUUUGUCACCGGUGUGGUUGAAAUUUAUCUUCAUUUCCUAUUAUAACGGUCUCAAGUAUUUAUUGAACAGACACUUAGAAUAAUUCCGCUGAAUGGAUAGAGCUCUUUCCCCACAGAUGGUUUGGAGGUCUAACCACGAGGGUUCAACGUAUAGGGUUUAAGUAUAUACAUGCACAUUAUCUCCUCCGUUUGCCGAGGCACCAAGGUCCCAACCUUGGUAUGUAAGGAAGAGGGUUAAGUGGUGAGAUCAGGAUGACACUACAGCAUGUCAGACAUGAAAUGCCUUUAGUCAGAAAACAUUUAUUAUUUGGGUUUGGUGUUCAGGGUUUAAGUGAUACAAGUUAUAUCUCACGAACAACAUGAUGAAUCGCCUCAACAACUGUUUACACGCCAUGCCCCAUUCGAGGGCAGCUGCCAGUACAAACUUAGAAAUGUUCGACUUAAUGAUUGACGUAGACUGCCUGAACGCAUCAUUAGUUUUGACAUCUGAGUGACUGUCUCAGUUUGGAGGAGGUGGUCUGCACAUGUGGGCCUUCAGCCUCUGACCUGGGACUCGCCUUGUGUUUCAGCCUCAGCAGAAGGGACAUGCAGACAAUGACACUUGCAUACAUUUUAGCAUUUUAGCUUCCCAGUGCCUGAACAGCCUUUAAGUGAGCACACAUGCGCAGAGGUGUUCAAAUAAAAACUAGAGGCAUAAACAGAAACAAACAAACAUCAUCUUUUCUCAGAAUUACAGACAAACGUGUUUUAAUUGUGGAUUUUUCCUCAAUGCAAUUUGCUGCAAAGCUUGAGAGACUCACUUGUGAGUGCGAUCCAGGCAGGUUUGUCAUACAGCACAUAUGAGGGUGAAUCGGUCCUGGGAUCUUGUCCCAUCGCCAAAGUUUCAGCUUUUGCCAUUAUUUUGAACUAUCUUGGAGCAGGGAACUCACACGAUGUUUGGAGAUUAUAAAUGGUGCCUUUGAUCUGCUUCUAUAAAGCUGAAUUGGGCUAAUAAGGGUAAGCUAAUCUUGAGGAGGGCAACAUUUAUCUAGUAAUCUGGUAAACCCUCCAUUCAUAUUGUAUUGACCACAAACCUGUGUCAUCUCUCGCUUUGCACUUUUCGACAGGGAAGGAAGCUAAAUGAUUGACUUUAGUGGAAAGAUCAUUUAUUUUAACUCUUUAACUAUUUUUGAGAUUGUUGACUAGUGUUGGGCUUUUUUUUUUUUUUUUAAAUGAUUGACCUCCUCAAUGUCAUAGUUGUACUGAGAUUGUAGCAGAUCCCAAUGCAGUCCAGCACUGGGAGAAAGUGGUUCAGUCAGUGUUGGACUGCAAGUUGAAGUGUAAGUGUUGGGUUACUAUAUUAUGUAGACAAACUACCUUUUAUUAGAAAAGACCAGAAGAGAUUUGUGUACUGUAAAUGGGAAUGUCACACUUUGAUGCAAGAUUGUAAUAUGUUGUGCCCUACUUUGGGUUACUGGUCUUUUCUGUCUCACUGGGUAGCUUAUCAAACAAACCCUCAUUCAGGAGUGCCUUUUACCCAACGUUCUGAUAACAUGCUAUGAUCAAAUAAGAUGCUCAAAAUACCCGAAAAAUAAGUGGUCUGAAGCUUAAAAGGUCAGUUUUUAAAAAUAAUAAUAAUAAUAAUGCAUUUAAUUUAUAUAGCGCUUUUCAUAAUACUCAAAGACACUUGUCUUUGUUCCCCAGAGAAGCCGCACUGAACUAGAUGUUCCCUGCCUCAAGUGCCUUUCAUGAAAUCCUUUAGUUUUUAGAUGAUCUGUCACAUUUGAAAACCAAAAAUGUUUUUUAAGAGAUUGCUUGUUGUUGUUAUUGUAAGCUGCAUUAUUUGGCUUUAUAUCAUGAAUGUAUCAGUUGUUUAAAUGUGCAAUGAGGAUUUAGAAGCACUUUUACAACAUAAUAGGCUACCGUUUACUCUUUUUAGGAAUUGGACUUUUAAUAUGAACUAAAUACAGAUUGUAAUGGAUUAAUAACAUCAUUUCAAAACAUCUUGUUUAGAAAUGUUCAAAUUCUGUGUUAUUUGAAAUAAGAAGGUAUUGUGCCAUGGAGAGCUGACAUUGUCUGUUUUCAUCUUAAGCAAACACUUUAAGACCUGAUGAUGUCACCGAUAAAUUUCAGAUGAUCCUCUAAAUUGGCAAAGUCAGCCAGAAUUUCUUUGAUCCAUGAAACAAACACAUUUAAUAUGUGUGACUUGUGGUCAGUGACGGCGGAGAAAGUUCUCUCACAUUCACAAACUGUAACACUUAAUGCAAUAUAUAUAUGUGUGUGUAUUCAAAAUUCAAAUGUAAGACUCAAAAGUGCUUUAUCCUGUUUUAUGUUUAAACAAAAUCCUUCUUUACAGAAUUUUAGUUUUUCCUGCCAGCAUUUUUCUCAUGUUUUUCUUAUUGUUGAUUCUACCUAUUUGUUGUGUCCAAAUAUUUUUGUUUAAUAAAAAGCUUAUAUUCUUG